GAUGAAGACAAAAGGUACAGAAACAGGUAGAAGACAGGAAACUGGAGGGUAAGUUAGCUGGGUGGGGCCAAUAGUGCUGAGUGAGACUGAUCACUGUUCAUUCUCUUGGCAGCCAGUCAGUGCAUGUGCCCACUAUAGGAUCAUGGUCAGGAUGGCAGCAUGGGCAGAGCCGGGCAGCGUUUGCCAGUGUGCCAGGGACAGAGGGGCAUGCCUAUUGAGAAGCAGUGUGAUGGACACAAUGGGUGCGACAGACUUGCUGCAUCAACAGGCUUUUUGCUGCUGUGGCCAGAAAUAAACCAUAAAUACCCCUACUGGCCUCCACCGAUCGCUCGCCAGGCCUCCACACCCACACACACCCUCACACUGAGACGGACAGAAAAGAGAGAGAAAAGAAGGAGAGCGUGGCUUGUACCUGGUGCAGUGAAGCACAAGCCAUCCAGAGGGAAAAUGACAGAACAACAGGGAUCUCCAGACCAGCUGCCUGCAGAGAAGAGCCAAGGAGGAGCUGGAGCCACAUAUAAGUUGACAUUUUUUGAGUACGAGAACUUCCUUGGAAAGAAGGUGGAGUUGUCUGGUGAAUGUAAGGAUGCAUGGGAGAAGGCACAGAAAAUUGGCUCAAUCAUUGUGGAGUCAGGACCAUGGGUUGGGUAUGAGCGUCCAGGAUACGCAGGAGAGCAGUUUGUGCUGGAGAAAGGAGAGUACCCUCGCUGGAGCACCUGGACCAACAGGCAGAGCAGCUUCAUGCUGAGCUGCUUCAGGCCUCUCAAAGUGGAUAGUGCAGAGCACAAGCUGCACCUAUUUGAGAAUGCAGGCUUUGAAGGGAGAAAGAUGGAGAUUGUUGACGAUGAUGUCCCCAGUCUGUGGGCUUAUGGUUUCCAGGAUCGUGUGGCCAGUGCUAAGGCUAUCAAUGGAACGUGGGUUGGAUACUCCUAUCCAGGCUACAGAGGGCGCCAGUAUGUGUUUGAACAUGGAGAUUUCAAGCACUGGAAUGAUUGGGGAGCCACUGCACCUCAGAUCCAGUCCGUCCGACGUGUGCGGGACAUGCAGUGGCACAAGAGAGGGUGCUAUAUUGCCCCUUCCCCUUCCCCUACACCUCCCAAUCCUAAUCCCAAUCCCAAUCCCAAUCCCACUCCAAACCCCAACCCUAAUCCCAACCCAAAACCCAAACCCAAUCCUAACCCCACUCCCAACCCCAAAUCCCAAACUCAACCCCAACCUUAGCACCAGAACUCCAGCACCUCCUACACCAACUGGGACAGGACCCAAAGUCCCCAGUCUCUCUCCUGCACAACCUCUUAGUCUAUAGAAUAUCUGACAUGCUCUUUCUGACUACUGGAACUGAAUUGACAGUAAUUGAACAUUUAAAUCUGUUGGGAAUAAAGGUUUUGGCCCUGA